AUGCUAAGGAAGCCAAUAGCCUACCCUGCUUUCUCCAUUUGUCUGGUUCUCAUUUUGGCUGGAUUCCUUGGCAUGCACAUCAGUUUUGUCAGAAGUCAGGAGAACCACACACUAAUUUUCACUAAGGAAAACACAAUUCACAACUGCAGUUGUUCCAUGCCUAUCCGUGACUGCAAUUACUGCCUGGCAAACUUGGUGUGCAACUGCAAAACAGUGCUGCUUUCUACCAUGUAAAAAAAUACCUACAACAGCCACCUGACCAUCUGGUUCACACACACCUCUGUGCUGGAGAUGAUCCUCAGCUUCCAAAUGUACAGGGAUUUGAAGCUGUCCUUCUGUAGCACCACUCCUCUCCCAGUGGAAUAUUUGGACGUAUGGGGACUUUGAAAGCUCCAGGUAAACAAGGUCAAGGGACAAUUUCCAGAGCAGAGUGUGACUAUCUCCAGUAGCAGCAUCAAUGACAAAGAGGACUUACUUGAGGUGCACAACAAAGACAGGCAAAUGCUUGCACAUAUUUAUUUUUCUGGAUAUCUCUCACUUUUCAAUGGAUAUUCAUUGCUGAAUUCAUACAGUGGGGAAAAUGUCUCUAGUAUCAUUAAGCACUUUCCCAGCCUGCUGUACUCUGAUGUCUUCUCAACUUCAGACAAUGAGAGCUGUAAUAUUCAUUUACUGAGUUAUUUAACACAGUCAGUAGUGAGAGGCAUAGGAGGUUGCUAAGAGUGAUGGGAUGCCUUUAAUUUUGUCUGGUUUGUCCAGGAGGAUGUGUUAGGGGACUGUGAGAGAACUCCACAAGGAGGUGUUUGAA